UGAACAAACGAUAACAAAUAAUCUAAUGAUAACGACAGAUCCAUAAAAUUUGCGGCUUAACUGGUAACAGUUUCUUAGUUUCACGAUAAUUCAUCGCUCGAACGAUCGUACGAUUUUCGGCUUCACGCAACCAUGAGCGAAUUCAAGAAACAAGUGGAAGGCUUUGCUACAAAAGCAAUACAUGUAGAACAAGAAACAGCUUCAUGGUCAGACAAACAGAUCGUUCAGCCAAUAGUUACCACUGCCAUAUUUCGACAGGAAGAACCGGAUCGUAGGCUUCCACAUUAUUAUGGUCGAUAUGGCAAUCCAACACGAAGUUUGUUAGAAAAAAGUUUGGCUUCAUUAGACAAUGGAAAUUAUUGUCUUUCAUUUUCUUCGGGCCAAGCUACAGCCUCAUCAGUAACAUCGAUUUUGGAGUCGGGAGAUCAUGUCCUGUGUGCCGAAGGCGUAUAUUCUGGGACACCGGAAAUUUUGAAAAAUUUGAAGGGUAAAGGCAUUCAGUUUGAUUCGGUUGAUUUUACCGACUUGAACAAUGUAAGGCAUGGAAUUAAAGCUAACACAAGGAUGAUUUGGAUAGAGUCGAUCACAAAUCCACUUCUGAAUGUGUUUGACGUUGAAGGAGUCUGCGAAAUUGGACACUCUCAUCCGAAUGUCAUUGUUGUUGUCGAUAACACAUUUUUAACUUCCUACUAUCAACGUCCAUUAGAGCUUGGUGCUGACAUUGUCCUAUACUCUUUAUCAAAAUAUCUAGGUGGACAUUCCGACCUAAUUAUGGGAGCUGUUGUGCUGAAUGAUGGCGAACUCUACUCACGCUUGAAAUACGUUCAGCAAACUCAUGGUGCAAUACCUUCACCAUUCGAUUGCUAUCAAGCACAUAGAUCGUUAAAGACGUUAGCUGUGCGAAUGAAGCAACAUGGACAAUCGGCAUACAAAAUUGCUCAAUUUCUAUCAACUCACCCAGCAAUCGAAAAAGUUCUCCAUCCUGCUUUGCCGUCUCAUCCGCAGCAUCAUUUAGCUCUGAAACAAUCGUAUGGCCAUAGCGGGAUGAUUUCGUUUUAUGUGAAAGGAGGCUACAAGAACACCAGGAAAUUCUUGCAUUCAAUGAGAGUAAUAAUCUUAUGUGGAAGUCUUGGUGGUGUUGAAAGCGUUGCUUCGAUUCCGGCAUUUCUGUCGGCAGGUGACGAUAAUUUAAAUCACCUGGAAAAAUUGGGCAUCACUAGUAACUUAGUUCGAUUUUCGGUUGGUUUGGAAGAUUGCAAUGAUUUAAUCAGAGAUUUGGAUCAGGCACUAAAUCUAUCGCAAACCGCAGACUGUGAAGAGUAAUAGUAGCAUGGCUGAGAGAUUAUAUGCAUUUGGGAUUAUUCCC